AUGUUAAAACUCAAUAUUCUCAUUGGUUUAGUAUUUAUACUUUCAUCAGUGAAAGGACUACAGAUUGAACAUGAAAUUUCAAAUUCAAUUGCAUCAGAAAGUGGAAGUAAAAUCAGCAAAAUUGUAGAAGGUUAUCCAUUCGAGGAAUAUGAAGUUACAACUCCUGAUGAAUAUAUUCUUAAAGUUAUAAGAAUUUCGGGAAGUCCUAAUAGCCCACCAAGUUAUGGUAAAACAGUUGUUUUCUUACAACAUGGCCUCUUAAGUUCAUCAGCAGACUGGUUAGUGUUAGGAAGAAACAAAGCCUUGGCAUAUCUUCUUGCCGAUCAAGGAUAUGACGUAUGGCUUGGAAAUGCUCGAGGCAAUACGCUUUCUAGAAAACAUCAGUAUUUAUCACCAAAUCGUAGAGACUUCUGGGAUUUCUCAUGGCAUCAAAUAGGGCAAAUUGAUUUACCCGCGAUGAUUGAUUUUGUUUUGUUAAACACGGGACAAAAGAACUUGCAUUAUAUUGGCCAUUCGCAAGGAACUACAGCCUUCUUUGUAAUGGCUUCACUUCGAACGGAAAUGAAUGCAAAAAUUAAGACAAUGCAAGCUUUUGCUCCAGUGGCUUUCAUGUCCAAUUUAGCUUCACCAUUUUUGAGAAUAGUCGCUCCUUUCGCUGACUCAAUUGAUACAGUCAUGUCAAUGCUUGGAGUCUAUGAAUUUUUACCAUCUAAUGAGAUGCUGGUAAAAGGUGGUCAACUUAUUUGCAAGGAUGAAUCGCCUAUUCAAGAAGUCUGUGCCAACGUUCUUUUUCUUAUUGGUGGCUUCAAUUCGCCUCAGUUAAAUCGAACAAUUAUUCCAGCCAUAUUGGAAAACACCCCAGCAGGAUCGUCUGUCGAUCAACUCGUUCAUUACGCUCAAGGCAUCAAUUCGGGAAAGUUCAGAAUGUUUGAUUUUGGAUUAACAAAAAAUCUUUUCAAGUAUGGAUCAAUUUUCCCACCAGAUUAUAAGUUGAGUUCCGUAACUGCUCCAGUAUUUUUGCAUUACUCAAACAACGAUUGGUUGGCUGCACUCAAAGAUGUAAAUGAACUCAAAGGUAAACUCGGAAAUGUUCGCGGUGAAUAUUUUGUUCCAGACAUGAAGUUCAACCAUUUGGAUUUUAUAUUUGCUACUGAUGCUGAUAUUUUAGUUUACAAUCGUGCCAUCGACGUCAUCGCAAAUAAUUUGUAGAUUUCGUAAUAACUGCGGCAUAUGUGACGCAAUUUAUGUUUAUAAACUGAUAAAGCAUUUAAUAUUUUCGCAUUUAAUAUUUGAGAAUGUUUUUAUUCGUUACAUUCGAUAAGGAAAUGUUGAUUUCUUAAUAAAUAAAUUAAAAAAUAAAAAUAUUUUAGCGUUGAGGA